AUGUACAAUAUACCACUUACAUGUACAAUAUACCACCUACAUAUACAAUAUACCACCUUCAUCAUCCCAUUAACAAACACUCCUACUUAUAAGUAUAUUGCUAUUUCUAUACCACCCCUGGCAGUCUGUAAACAAAAGCCCCUGGAGCUGAGUAUCAUCCUGGACGCCUCCAGAUCCGUCUCUGACAAGGACUUCGAGACUGCCAAAUCCUUCGUUGAAGAUUUUGUCAGCGAGUUCGCGGUGUCACCCGCGAGGGAGGGAGUUCGAGUCUCUGUCGCCACUUACGGCCGAUACGUCUUCACACAGGUAUGUACAAUACAAAACUAUCUGUACAAUCUGUGCAGCUCUGAACAGGACGUUCUGAAGGCCAUCUGUAAUAUCAAGCACGGGCAUGGAGACUGGACACGGACCGACCUGGCGAUUGAUUACAUGCACCAGGUACAGAUGGCCAGCGAUGUGGUCAGGCCUUGGGCGGAGAAAAUCAGCGUGGUCAUCACUGACGGAGACUCCACUUAUCCGGCAAAAACAAAAGCAGCAGCUGAAGCAGCCAGACAAGCUGGGAUCAAGCUGUUCGCCGUGGGAGUAGGUAGGGUCAAACAGACAGAGCUGUUGAACAUCGCUGGCGACCAGUCCCGGGUCAUAGCCGUGGCAAACUACGAUAAACUGGACUCCAUCAGUGAGCCUCUGUCCAAAGAGAUCUGCGAAAGUGAGUUGUUUUGGUCUUUCCAAUUUUUUUUUUCUGUUAUCAUCUAUUGGUCUCUUCCAGAAUGCGGGAAACUGAAUCCAGCAGACGUGUACUUUGCCUUCAGCUCUGCUGAUCUGGGACUGGAAGGUACGGCCAAGGCCACGUCCUUCAUUUCUAAGGUCAUCACUCACCAGGACUUGGAUGAGGGCUUCAGG